CAACAUUUAAGAGCUCAUUACACUUCUGUAGCUAGCUCUGUCCAUCUCUCUACAACCUUCUUUCAUAACAAAAACCAAGAAAAACGAAACAAACAAGGAUGUCUUUUGUUGCAAACUUGGUCAUCAAGAGCUUUGACUGUGCUUCAAUGGUAUGUGUUGAAGAUUUGGUGGAUAGUUCUCGAGUAGCUAAUGUUGAGAAUGGUGGUGAUGACGAUGACAGUGGCUUUGAUUAUGCUCCUGCUGCGUGAGUGUCUCCUUUAAGUAUAUAAAUGUAAGUUAGGAAAAAAAAGAGAGAGAAAGAGAGAUGAUAUGGUGAUAAGUUUAUCUAGCUAGGCCAUGUAUGUACAUAUCCUUGAAGGUGGUGCAAACCCAUCUCUUCUUUAACCCUUUUUGUGUUUAUCGCCCCAUAAAAUCCUUAAUCAAAGUCACUUUUUUGUCUC